AUGAGCAUAGCUGUCAACUUUUCCCUUUUCUUGCGAGGAAUCCUAUUCGGAAUAAGGGAAUUUCCCUUUAAAAAAGGGAAACGUUGACAGCUAUGGAAAUGAGCCAGUCUCUGUGUUGCGCUUUGCUCACUGCCUGUCAGCAGGAAAUCAGUUCCUUCCCUAACCGCUGGCGAACCCUUCCUAACUCCUCCUGUAAAGGGGUGGACUGAAGCAGGAAAUGUAUCAGAGAAAGGAAAGUAAAACUGGAGUCCUUGAACUAUCGCAGUCGGAUAUCUGCAAGCAGAAAUGGCUCCGGAUUUCAGCAAGUAUCUCCCUUGCUCUACCUGCCAGCUUGACCUGUUUGUGGUGCUGUUAAGCUGUGGGUGGGAAGACUGCCUCCUGGGGGGACUGCAUCACACCUUUCUGGGACAGCAGCGGUCAAGAGAGAGCUUGAUCGCUGGGGCCUCUUGUCCUGACAGCCAAUCCAGGCCAGCUUGGAGAAUGAGGAACUUGUCCAAGAAAACUGGAGAGGCUCCAAAGAAGAGAGAAAGCCCAGAGUGAUCCAGAAGAAGCAGCCAGAGGGAGAAAGCGAAGAUGGGCACCAGACGCCACGCGGUGAAGUUCAUGGGGAUGAUUCUGAGCAAUACUGUGCCACCAGGAAGACACACACGCCCCUACCAUUUCCUAUCGCUGCAUCCACUUGUCUGUCCAGGCUGGACCCAGCUUCAGCUCCUUGCUGGACAGGACUCAAGAGCUGCAAGGUGAGCAGGCAUCAAAGACUCUCCGGAAAAGGAUAAACAAGGCUGGCUCCCUGACCUCCCCCAUCUCGCAGAUUCUCCUCCCUUCUCUAGGAGAAACUGGACAAUAUGCUGUGACAACCAGAACAGUGCAACGGAUGCCAAGAAGGGGGACUUUGCUUUUUGGAGUUAACAAGAUGAGCUGCAAAUGUCCAUCAGGUAAUAAAAAAGCAUUCGUUGUUUUUUCUGUCAUUGCUGCCCUUGGAAUCGGAAUCGGAAUUGGUGUUGGAAUUGAGAGGUCCAACGAGAGAAAAUGCAAUGAGACAGGUUCUGAACUAAAAUCUGCUCUGCCUGCACACAGCAUCCCACCAUGUCCACCUUUGUGGUUUUGGUAUGAGGGAAUAUGCUAUUUCUUCUCCAAUAACGAAAAGAGCUGGAUGUCUAGCCAGGAAUACUGCUUGUCAUUUAAUGCUUCCUUGGCUGUUAUUCCAAACAAUGAAAAGGACAUUGUCAAGCGUUGGAAAGGCACAAAUUCCUACUGGAUUGGCCUGAGGAGAGACCCUGGUCAGCCCUGGAAAUGGACAAAUGGAGAAAAUUCCACGUUUGAGGUACUUGGCGAUGGAGGCGACUGUGCAUAUCUGGGUGAUAAGGGCCAAGCAUAUGUUUCAAGGUGCAACGUGGAGCAUCACUGGAUGUGCCGCAAACUGGGUCCUCCUGCAAGCGCAGACGUUGCGGGGAAGGGGUAUAACCCCCACACAACUGAAACUGAAAUGUGAAACUUUAUGCAACCAAUACUUUACUUUUUGUAAGCACCUUACCGUUAUAAGCUAUUAAAAUGUAUUAAACCAAAAACAUCUGUUUAGGGGGUUUUUUAGGUCACAAAUAAGCAAUCAAUUGAAAUGGAGUUAUCUCUUUCUUUGAAAUACAUUGUGUUGCAUCCUUCGGUGCAACAGUUUGAUGGAUGGUGUUAACAGGAAUGAAGUGUCUGUUAUCUGCUAGGGAAUUUUGUGGCAAAUAUUCCCAUUUUGGGUGGUUCUGGAGAUGUUGGAACAGGCCCUACAGUUGGUUUUCUUUACCCCAGUGCAGCACAACUAAACUUACUGAAAUGGGAACAGGGUUGUAUUAAGCCAGUAUAUAGAUUUCAGAAACUCCUUGCUGGAGUAAAUAAGCUUCUGAAUCUACAGUUCUAUGAUUCUAACUGCCCCAUUAUUUGUUCAGUGUUAAGUCAAAUAUGAGAAACAGUCAUUAACUUGACCAUCUUUAUAUGUUAACUCGCUUUAUUCUAAAACUAGAGUUGACACACAGUUCAGGGUAAACUGUUUUUAGAUGGCUAGCAUAUUGUUACAUGUGUCCCGCUUCUAGUAGUGAGACUUCCAGGUACAGUGGUACCUCGGGUUACAUACGCUUCAGGUUACAUACGCUUCAGGUUACAGACUCCGCUAACCCAGAAAUAGUGCUUCAG